AUGGUGUCGUUCGAUCCCAGGGAGCACCCCCAUCGGCGGUGGAAUCCGCUGCAGCGCUCGUACGUGAUAUGCUCGCCGCACCGUACGCAGCGGCCGUGGCAGGGUGCGCAAGAGUCGGUGGGUCAGCCGGCCCUCCCGGCGUACGAUCCCCGCUGCUACCUGUGCCCGGGCAACACGCGAGCGACGGGGGCCCAGAACGAUGCGUACACGUCUACAUACGUGUUCGAAAACGACUAUGCGGCGCUAAAGGUACAGGAGGUCGAGCCGCCAGCGCGCGCCUCUGGCAUCGAGGCGGCCCUCUUCGAUAUGCAGCCUGUGCGCGGCGCCUGCUACGUGCUGUGUUUUCAUCCGCACCACAACCUCACGCUCGCGCACCUUACGACGCCGCCGUAUUCGGCUGAUGCACAUAUUGUGCCGAUUGUCAAGGCAUGGCAGUCCCUGUACCGCUCGAUCGCGCGUGACCAUACCUAUGUCAAAUACAUACAGUUCUUUGAGAACAAGGGCAGUGCCAUGGGGUGCAGCAAUCCGCAUCCUCAUGGUCAAAUAUGGGCACUGGACUGCGUCCCUGGUGAGCCACUCCGCGAGAACGAAAGUAUGAAGGCGUUUGCUUUGGAUCCCCAGCAUGCGCAUGCGCAGGGCCCUCGCGAUCCGCAUGGUCGGCCAUGCCUGCUGCUCGAGUACGUGCACCUUGAGUUGCACAAGGAGAAACGGCCCCGCAUCGUGACGCUGAACAACCACUUUGUUGCGCUGGUACCAUUUUGGGCCGUCUGGCCUUUUGAGAUAAUGGUCCUGCCGUACCAGCGAUUCAUUGCCUCGCUCGACGAUCUCGACGACGAGGAGGUGAGCGCGCUCGCAGCCAUUCUUGGCGAGGUCGCUUGCCGAUUUGACAACCUGUUCCAGACAUCGUUUCCGUAUUCGAUGGGGCUGCACCAGCGCCCAACACCUACACUAAGCGACGCCGAAGACCCCGGCAUGUUUGCUCUACUGCAUAUCCACUUUUACCCGCCGCUCCUACGCAGUGCGACGGUGCGCAAGUUCCUGGUCGGCUUUGAAAUGAUGGCCGAGCCGCAGCGCGAUAUUACGGCAGAAUCAGCCGCAGGACACCUUCGGGAAUGCGGCACAGCCCACUUCGCUGCUCCCUAA